GGAGCGCAGGCCGGAAAAGUGGGAGGGGACAGGUUGAGGGGUGGUCUCUGAGGAGGAGCCAGGCGGGACCGUAUUGUUCGACACUCCACAACCCGGAGCGCGCAGCGCAGGCUGGGGAGCGCGCGGAGCGCGAGGUGCGGGGCGCUCGCCUUCCCUGGUUCUCCCCACCGCCUGCGCCCCACGAAGAGACCCGGGCUUCCCAGCGCGUCUCUGCCCGGCUCGCCCGAGCCCCGAGGGACGGGUCUGCACAGGCGCCUGGCGUCCCGGCCCCCUGCGAUGGCCGCGGGACACAGCCGCAGGGAGCAGCCGCGCGGAUGCCGGGGCACCCCUCCCUAGCGGGGCGCAGCUUCUUCCUGGUCCUCAGCUCGACCGGCGGGAUGGGGGGCGGAGGGUCUGCCUUGAGGGUCUGCGCCGACCACCGCGGGGGCAUCAACUGGCUCAGCCUGAGCCCGGACGGACAGCGCCUGCUGACGGGCAGCGAGGACGGCACAGCCCGGCUCUGGAGCACCGCGGACGGCCAGUGCUGCGCCCUCCUGCAAGGACACGAAAGCUACGUGACCUUCUGCCAGCUGGAGGAUGAAGCCGCCUUCACGUGCAGCGCUGACUGCACCAUCAGGAAGUGGGAUGUGCUGACGGGGCAGUGCCUGCAGGUGUUCCGAGGACACACAUCCAUUGUGAACAGAAUCCUGGUCGCCAACAACCAGCUCUUCAGCAGCUCCUAUGACCGGACAGCUCGUGCCUGGAGUGUGGACAAGGGGCAGGUGUCCCGGGAGUUCCGGGGCCACCGCAACUGUGUGCUGACUCUAGCCUACUGUGCUCCCUGGGACCUCCCUGGGGCUCCCUGUGUAGAGGAGGCCGUGGCUGGGGGGCUUCUGGUGACGGGCAGCACAGAUGGCACGGCCAAGGUGUGGCAGGUGGCCAGUGGCUGCUGCCACCAGACGCUGCGGGGCCACACAGGCGCUGUGCUCUGCCUGGUGCUGGACACGCCCAGCCACACGGCCUUCACCGGCAGCACUGAUGCCACCAUCCGAGCCUGGGACAUCCUGAGUGGGGAGCAGCUGCGGGUAUUCCAGGAGCACCAGGGCUCUGUCAUCUGUCUGGAGCUCGCGAACCGGCACGUGUACUCGGGCAGCGCAGACAGGACGGUCAAGUGCUGGCUGGCAGACACCGGGGAGCGCGUGCGCACGUUUGCGGCCCACAGACACAGCGUGAGCGCCCUCAAGUACCAUGCGGGCACCUUGUUCACAGGCAGCGGGGACGCCCGCGCGCGCGCCUUCGACGCCCAGUCCGGAGCGCUGCAGAGGGUGUUCCGGGGGCACGCCUUCAUCAUCAACUGCAUCCAGGUAGGCGCUCCCGCCUGUCCGCUGGGCCCCUGGGAGCUUGUCGGGUGUGCGAGCGCGAGCCCGUCUGCCUCGAGGGGAGGGGCGGGGCGGGGCCUCCUCCCCGAGCCCGAGGUCUCUGGGGUGAGACGCCUAGGGAGUGGAUGUUCACGCCCAUGCCCGGGGCCUGCGACCGCUGGAGGCAGAGCAGGGCUUGUGCGUACCAAUCCUGGGACUGGGGACAGCUGCUGUGACGCGCUGGGGGCGGGGGAGAGCUGGGCGUCCCCUGCAGCGCGGCCCCCGCUCCGCGCCGCAGGUGCACGGCCAGGUGCUCUACACGGCCUCGCACGACGGCGCGCUGCGCCUCUGGGACGUGCGCGGGCUCCCGCGCGCCCCGCAGCGCCCCGCCGCCCCCAAGCGCAGCCUCUCGCGCCUCUUCAGCAACAAGGUGGGCUGCGCCGCCGCCGCGCCCCUGCAGCCGGCCUGACCCCACCGACGGACGGGCAGACUCCGGAGGGAGCACGCCCUGCCCGCCCGGAUGGCCGGAGCGGGAGGGGCGGCCCAGGCUGCGACCCCGCCCCUCUGCAUCCCCAACCUCUUCAGCCAGAGAACCCCCAGAGCGACCCUGUCUCAGGCCUGCUCACCGGCCCACUGGGACCCUCCCGGCUCUCAGGGUGUCCAGCCCCACAGCCUCGAGCGCCCGAGGUCCCCGGAAGACAAGCGUUUCCUGCUGACAAAAAACAGGGACGUUUCUUCAAAAAGCUGCUGAGCUGCAGAUUGUCGUUAUUUUGGCAAAUUGUCCCGAAAUACACAUCGUUAAAAGUGCUCUGGAAUAUGUCUUUUGUUCUGCAAACUGAGUCUCAGAGGGAGGAGGGAUUCCAGGAACCAGGGGCCUCACAGCUGGCCUGGGCCUGCCACUUCUCGUGGGUGAGAGCGAGGGGCUGUGGCCUGAUGGCCCCCCCAGUGUCAGUCGUGUGGGGAGGGCCAUGAAAGAGGCCGGGGAACAAGGAACCAGCUCUUCAGCCUGUCUAGGUGACAGCGCAGAUGCAUUACCCCUGCUUUGGAGCUCCCAUUUCUGCAUGAGUGGAGGAGGGCCUCCUCUCUGACGUCUGGAGUUGAAAGGCCAGAGCAGUAGCCACCUAGCCCCAUACACAGGAGUCAGCCCAGCCCUGCCCUCGAGAGCAGCUGGAGUGUUUGUCGGGAGGAGCUUAAUGGCUGCGGGCUCUCAAGCUUUGGAGCGGCCCCAGUAACUCCUCUCAUUACCUGAAGGGGGUGCUCUUCCAGCCCUUGGUUGGUGCCAGCGUCCACAGUGCCCUCUGUGCCAGGCCCUGGCUGGCCUCUGGUGCAGGAGGAGAAACUGCAGAAGAUAGUGUCUGCCCUUAGAGCUCAGCAGCUCACCAAGGACAGAAACCUCCCUGUGCAGAGGGGGCCCUUGAUUCAGAGAAGUGGGCGCUCCAUUGCCUUAAUGCAAAAGGUUUCAUCAGCAAGAUGUGCUGCAGGGCAGGUUGCGCCUGCCCCCGAGCCCAGGGGGAGCCUAAUGGGUGGAUCGCUCCCCCUCAGGUACAUGAUGAGAUGAACAGGUACAGUAUUGGCACCAGAGAUGAUAAGAAGGGAUGCAGACCUUUGUGAUUGUGCUCUAGGCCACACCCCCAAACCCUGGGAACCCAGGCUUCCCCAGGAAAACAGGCUUGCUGGGGAGAAGCAGCUGCAGAGGCAGCACCACUCAGCAUUCUUUGGGUGGGACUCAAACACACAGUACAGGUGUGGGGUUCCACAUGGGCUGCCUGCCAGGGCUGGGAGCACUCACUUCCAAGUGGUUCUUCUCCAGGGCCCGCCCACCCCAAAAGGGCUUCCCAGGAAGCUGAUGCUCAUUUCAGGGAGGGCAGGCACAGAGUCACCUUCUCAGAUUGCUUUGCUGACAGAGGCAACUUGAGUAACCAGACGCCAUUGACGCUGACAGCUGAUGCUGCAUUCCUGCCUCAACAGUUCUUGCUCAUAUGUCAUCUUAGGUCCCCCGUCUCCUCCAACCACAACAAAGAAGAAAACACACACAAGUUACCGUAUGCCCAGAGCAACAGCCACUGGGUGCGGGACCCACACCAGGCUGCUGCGUUCAUCUUCAGCCUGCCUCUCCCCAAAGAAAGAGUAGGAAAUGGUAAACCACUCUUUAGCAUUUAUAUAGCAGCAUACCUUUGGGUAAUUUUUAUUUCAGCAACACAGAAGCCUUUGCUAGAUGUUGAGACUACAAAGCAGACCAAUAAGUUUGUAUUUAUCAAAGGCAAGAAUACAUUUUCAAAGGCAUUCUGUUGGCUAGGGAAGAAGGGACAGGAAGUACUUAUAGGACAUAUGGACUGGAAAACAGGGACAGGACACAGCAGUGUCACUCGAGCCAAGAGCAGGCAGAAUUUCAUGGGAAACAUCAUCGGCACCAGACGCGAUGGAGUGCAGCACGUUUCGGCCAUAGGCUCCCAGGCCUCCAGUUGACCACGCGUACCUUACAGAUAUCUGUAGCCCGCUCCUCCCUGGAACUUUCCAGCGCCUUGGUGUUCUGCCACUCAGAUCUAGACCCCUGGCCUGCCUCUCAGGGUGCUCUGUCCUUGGACUCAGCAAUUUCUUCAACCUUAUUCCCCUCCCCUAAAAACACCCUCUGGUGGGUCUGGAACAGCCCCCGGAACCCCAUGAAUAUGGCACACUCAGGCGGUCCUACCCCACUGUUACCUCCUCACUUGUCCCAGGUCUGGAAUGUUCUCUUCUCCAAGGAGAGCCACUCCAAGGCCCCUCUGAUUUUCCCAGCCUCACCUCACUCCCUUCUGUUUAUCAGCAUUUUGUCACAAAUGUCUUUUGCUUCUCUUCUUACCCUCCAGAGCAGAGAGUGACAGCCUCUGCCUGUCUAGUUUCCAGCUAGAGGCAGAGGUAGGACCACGGCCGGCUCCCAGCUCGUGGAGGCGGGCGGCCCUGCCUAUGGAUAGUGGACACCGGAACUGUCCCCAACUCUGAACUGGCUUCUCUGCAUCUCUUCACGAGAAAAUGGACACAGUCAGGAACCUGCUGGCAUGGCUUUGCUUCUGAUCAUUAAAAAGCACAUGGGAAGCUAGAAGCCACGCCUGGCCCAAGCCCAGACAGUCACUUCUUAGCCAAAAGCCGCAAGUCAGGCCCCAAACCUGAGUCUGACAAGGUCUCAAACGAGGCUGAGAGACCCCCUCAUCGUCUCACUGUCAGCCACUUCCCACACCGGGAGCAGGACCCCCGCUCUCCCUCCUUGCUGGGUCUUCCCUGCCCCCGCCCAGCCAGCUUUUCAGAUCUUACCUUCUCCUGACAGAACUGGCGAUGCAUGGAUUUCCUCAGAGAACCCAAGGAAGCCAGCGUCUCAACUCCACAUGGGCCUCUAGACCACCCAGGCAUGUUCACCAUGGCGAACGCUGAGGAGUCUGAAUAACUUACUGCAAAGUUAGGCUGACAACUUUUGAAUAUAUUUUCCACCGUUUAUUUCUGUCUGUAUCAUCCAUCUUAAAAGAAUGACAACAAAAGAUUUCCACCCAUUCACCCUGGACUGCUGUCCAAGCUUUACGAAAACGAUUAGUGAGGACGUCGACGGCUUUCAGCCAGCCCCUCGACAGCAACAACGUGACCACCUCCCUCAGUCACAGGAGCUUCCAGCGACUCCUGGAAAGGCAGCAAGUGUCAGGAACAUCUGGCACUUGACUCAUUCAGCACCUGGCUGCUGCCAGCUGUGUCCUGGUCUGGAAUGGGUGUUCAUUUAAUGCACAUCUACAGAGGAAUGCGUGGUGCGAUGAGAACCGUUAUUUGAGCCAUUAAGAGGCUAACUACAUACCUUUAGAAAUAGUCUUCUGUAAUACAGAUAUACCAAAAAAGCCCCACAAAAAUCUGGAGAAAAUAUAUCUUAAUCUCUGAUAGUUAUCUUAGCCAGCAGUGAGUUUAAUAUGACAGCAUAGCGUCUGAAAAUGCUAAUUAAAAAUAAGUUGCUUUGGUUAGCAUUUAACUUUCCCAUUUAAUAAAAGAUUUUAUUUUUGUAAAGAAGAAUUCUGAGCACAUAUAAAUUCUGAAUUUCGAGUGCACAUUUCACUAAACUAAGAGCAUAAAACACUGAUGUUUCAGGCUGAAGGCGCCUGCCGCCAUCUGGUAUGGCUGCUGUAGCCGAUGCCUCACUGGGAGGCCCACUGAACGCUUGGAAUGGCUGAAGACUUAAAGGACAUUUCAGGGACAGGGCAGAGAGGUGAAGCAGGAAGGCAGAGCUGCAUCAUGGAAAGAAGGAAACGAUCAGCAGUGGGCUCAGGGGGGCAGGAGAGCUGGGCAAGAUAAAGA